AUGAAUUUCCACGUUGGGGUACCUCUAUUAGUGUCCGUCACUGCCCUGGAGAAGUGGAGAUCAGCAAAGAGUACUCAGGACAUAGUAAAGGUCCAUCACCGCGGAGUUCCAUUUGAGACCGCUAUUUUAUGGGCAGACCUAAAAGAAGGAGACAAUGACUCAAUUACAGCAAGCAAACUUUUAGCUAGGGACAUGAUGAUCGCAUGUCAGCAUUCAGCAAUCACCGAUUUCCGUGGCUUUACACGUGGGACCCUAGUUUCACUUCAUGCAAAAGUCAGCCACUCCUGCAUCCGGCCGAUGGACCGAGUCAAUAAUCCUGGCUGGGGUCCAGUAUUCAGCGGUUCAGUUGCGCGGCACAUAACCGGUCAAGUCGAACAAGCGGAGAUACUAGUCGCCCUGUAUGCUCCGCGCAGCAGAGCUCAUGCCCUCAGCAACGGGGACGGACUGACCACUAAAUGGUCGUCAUGA